AAGAAGUGCACACUGACACUUGAGUACUUGAACGAAACACUUGUUGUAUAUUGAAUACUGAAUCUUGAAUUGAAUACUUGAACUAAAAUAAACGUUACCGGAAUCCGGUAUAGCUCAGAUCCAGAUGGAGACAAGUCAGGAAAUCUUCCUGUCGGUUGAUCGGCUUGUUAGUAGAAUGAAACUGCCUCCACUGGUAGAAAGUUGCGAGAUGAUGUGGCCUACCAAACAAGAAAUAGAUUUGAUACUCCCAUCGUACGAGGAAGAUUUGCUUUCACUAGGCGCGCUGCUGGGAAAGCAUUUAGUACUACUACUCGAAGAAGUCCCGGAGAACAUGAUGAAACUGCAAACGUCUUUGAUUGCCUGCUGCUAUGAAUCGACGGCCUUUAUUCUAUCCGAAGAGAUCGGUGAGAUUCAGCAAGCUAUACGAGAUGAAUAUAUCUGGAAACAAUUGAUGGUUCGAUCAGAUAGCAAAUUGACGGUAUCUAGUUUGAUUGCGUAUUACAGAAAAAGUCUACUGAAAGAAGAUUGGUUCUUCCAAUUUGGAGACCUCUCAAGCUUCUGGGGCUUCGUAUGGGAGUUAAUGGCAGUCGAUUCGCUGCAGAACUUCAUUGAUCGAGAAACUGUAGAUUUGAUUGAGCAAGUAUGCUUCAAACUUAUGCGAUCUAAAUCGAUUCAGUUGUUCGUUAAGGGAGUGAUGAUCCUAGAGGAAUGCAUCUAUAAGACACGAAGCUGUUCACUGGUAGACUACGAAAGAGUCUACGAAGAACUGCUGGUUAACACGUGGCGCAUGUUUGAAACAGACGAAAGAAAUCAACAAAUAUCCAUUGUUCUAGUGGCCGCUCUGUUCGAAUGUGUCAAGGUUAUGGAAGUGGAUCGAAAUCAAUUGCUAACAGUUAUUCAGGAUUUUAAACGGUGGAGUAAAACUGACGUUUUGAUGGAUCUACUACUGCGGGCUUUGGAACGUUCGAAAAGCACCAACAAAUCGCUGGCGUUGCUAGAACAAAUAAUCGUUUUAUUGACAGUGGAUCAUCCCAAUAUCCAAGUCACUCAACUUUCAUCCGAGGAACUUGAUGAGUGUAACAAUAACAACACUGAGAACUAUGCACUCCUCAUAAUGGAUGGAAACGAUCUAAUCGAUCAAACUGCUCCCCGGUGGUGGAAGAAAGUUACUCAAUACACACAUGGACGCUUUCAUCGUUGGACAAUGAAACUUCUACAAAUGCUGGUCAUGGAAGUAGGAAAAAUUGAGAAUCGCGGGACUCUGCAUUUCCAGUAUCUCGCAUGCAUCCUAUUUUUUAUCAUUGAUUGCCCAGGAGUAGAUUUCAAGGAGAGCUCGCCGGAAACGUUUAUCAACAUUCUUCAGCUGAUGGUGAGUUUUCUUGAAAAUGGCGCUCAGCAGCUGGAUCAAAUGCGUGAAAUGGCUAAAGAAACCGAUGUUACAUAUCUUAGCUACGUAAAGUUUUUCGUAGCUUGCAUAGAGCUGAUCAAAGAGUUUGCUGUAACCGUGAUUAGGAAAAACAGUAACUUGGCGGCGGAACUGAAUGUUUCACCAGAUUGUAUUUGGAAUUCACCACAGUUUGCUUCUUUGGUGGCGGUGUCUGAAAAGUUUCAGUCAUGGUGA